AUGGUUUCUGCUUCCUGUGGGCAUCCUUUCUGCGUUGGUUGUUGGAAGACUUACGUCUCUUUUUUGAUCAAUGAUGGCCCGGGAUGCCUGAGACUGCAAUGCCCGAAGCCCAAGUGCAGAGCUGUUGCAGGCGUAGACAUGGUCGAGUCGAUGGCGUCGGCAGAUGAGAAACAGAAAUACUAUGGAUAUCUUUACCGAUCGUACGACGAAUUCGCAGUUGAAUUCAAGGAUGCCGAUGGGUGUGAAAGCUACGAUGUGACUUGUGAUUGUUAUUAUAAGUUCUGCUGGAACUGCAUAGAGGAGAGCCACCGUCCCAUCGACUGCAAAACCGUGGAAAAGUGGAUCAAGAAGAAUAGUUCGAAGGCAGAGAACACUAAUUGGAUACUGGAGUACACCAAGCCCUGUCCCAAGUGUCGUCGGGCAAUCAAGAAAAACCAAGGCUGCAACCACAUGAUCUAUCAGAGUCCCUGUAAGCAUCAAUUUUGCUGGGUAUGCCUGGGACCCUGGGAGAAGCACACAUCUGGUAAUUCCACAUGCAACACAUGGGACUCCAAUGACAAAUCCAAGAAGAGGGCUCUAACUGAUCUGAAUCAAGCCAGAAACCAGCACAUCGACACGUUCGCUCAAACGCAAGGAGAAAACAUGGCUGGAGUCCAGCUUGUGAUUGACGCUUGGAACCAGAUCGUUGAGUGCAGGCGUGUAUUGAAAUGGUCAUACGCGUAUGGAUACUAUCACAUGUCGAUGGAGAAACUAGGGAAGCUGGAUUUCUUCAGGUACUUGCAAGGGGAGGCAAAGGCUGCCCUGGAGAGACUUCACUACUGUGUAGAGAAGGAGAUGAGUAAAUAUCUCAUAGCAGAUCGGCCAUUGUAG